AUGCCCAAGAUGCUCGCUGUCCCGAACCUGGACAAAUUCGCCAUACUCGUCCGAGAGCAGCGCAAGCUCUAUCAACGUGAAGAGGAGGUCGUGGUGAAACAAGUCACAAAGGAAGAUGAUGAUGCCCUGCUACAAGAAGAAAGACUGAAGCAGUACCAAACAGCAGCAAAGAGGUUAGAUAAUGCACUCUUGGUGUUGAGGAGGUUCAUCUCGACUGGAAAUGAGCUGCGUACUCCUGUAACAAAAGAUGAAAUUGUUUCCGAGGUGGCAAGGCAACUCAACAUCACCAUCCAUCCAGAGAAUCUGCACCUGCAGUCACCUUUAGCGUCGCUUGGUGAAUUUGAGUUGCCCCUCCGGUUACUACAGGACAUACCGCGCCCAGAAGGUAAGCUCCAAUGGACUCUGAAGGUUAAGAUCAGGAGAAAAUAA